CCCGCGCGCGCGCGCCCGUCCGCUGGCGCUGAGGAAAACGUUGCGCAGGUUCAAAAAUGGAACGUCGGCGGCGUGAGGGAGCGCUAGGGGGUGUGCGCGCGUGCGCGUGCGCGCCUGGCAGAGCCUGACGGGGUCCCCGCCGGCCCGAGCAUCGCGCGCAGCGGCCGCGGCCCCGCAGCUCCACCCCCGACCCGGCCCGGCCCCCGGCCCAUCGCCCGCCGCCCCGCAUGGAGCUGUCAGCCAUAGGCGAGCAGGUGUUUGCGGUGGAGAGCAUCCGGAAGAAGCGCGUGCGGAAGGGCAAAGUGGAAUAUCUGGUGAAGUGGAAAGGAUGGCCCCCCAAGUACAGCACAUGGGAGCCAGAGGAACACAUCCUGGAUCCCCGCCUUGUCAUGGCCUACGAGGAGAAGGAGGAGAGAGACCGAACAUCGGGGUAUAGGAAGAGAGGUCCAAAACCCAAGCGGCUUCUGCUGCAGGAGCCACCAGCCCCAGAUGUCCUGCAGGCCACCGAUGACUGGGAGCCUAUGGAGCAGCCCCCGGAGGAGGAGGAAGAGGAGGAGGCCGAAGCAGACCUGGCCAGUGGGCCCCCUCCCUGGACACCCACACCCCCCUCAAGUGAAGUGACCGUGACUGACAUCACUGCCAACUCUGUCACCGUCACCUUCCGUGAGGCUCAGGCCGCCGAGGGCUUCUUCCGAGACCGAAGUGGGGAGCUGUGAACAUCGGCUUCCCCUCUUAAACUGUGUCCCUUGGGGCUUGGGUGAGGAUUUCCAGAGACAGGAGGGGCUGGGAGCAGGGCAAACACUAUUUAAAAAAACAAAAGCAAAAGCAUGGGGAAGGCCCCACCACCCUGGCCUUGCCCCAUGAGGGUUGUUUGCAGAGGGGCCUCUGGCACAGGGAGGGAAGGCAGUGUUGCCUGGGUCUCAUCUCCAGGGCAGAUGGGGAUGGGCUCCCCUGCCCAGUAUGCCUCUGUCAUUAUCUUGCAGAGGCUGAUCCUAGGAGUCCGAGCCCAGGAGGUUCAGAUUCUGCUUUGAGCAAUCACCCUAGCUCACUGGUGGUGUCCCCUCCCUGUUCCUUGGCUUGGGUCUUGACUAUGAACUUUCCACUCCAGCUUUGUGGUGGGACAUGGAGGCUGGCUUUGGCCACCAGGGACAGGAUCAGGACAAAGGGUGUGGCCUGGACCAGAGAAGAGGCUGCCUACCAGGCCUCCUCUGAAUGUGCUGUCCCUUCCAUCACUAGCCUGUGUAGAUGUCCGUGAACACAUCCAGCCACCCCAGUGUGGACACACUGCCUGUGUGUGUUCUCCCCUGCCCCAUGUCUUUAGACUUGUCCACGUGGACCUUGCACACCUUUGGAAAAUGACCCGGUGAACAUGGAGUAAUUCACAGCACAAAUGAACUUGUCAUGGCACCUUCACUCCACCUUGCACAUCUGGCAUGUGACAGCAUCAGACAGCUUGGGCUCAGCCUGGGCCUGGUGGCAUCUGAUCUUCCAGCCACAGAUAGAACCGGGCUCAGGUGUGCAAGGUGCAGACACUUCCACCUGGGAUAGCAGACACUUGGCCCUUCUUUCUCCCACAGGAAUUCAUGUUCUUUCUGACUCAGGUGACUUCAGCCCUUUCAGCUGACCCCACACGCUGCAGCUCAGCUGAUCUGGAUGCCAGUGGGUGUGGGCAGUCGGGGAGGGAGUGUCCCCUCUCUUUCUCAGGGCAGUCCUUGUCUACUGUGUUCCCUCCCCACCCACCUGAAUGACACAGCUAAGGGUGCCCCUCCUACUUUGUGAGGAUUGAACUAUGAUAUAUGUUGAGUCAGGCUGUACUAAAGCCUGUGUUCCUGGUGAGGGGAAGUUUGCUAGUUUGCACAGGUGUCCUAUAGGCUAAUACCUUCCUACCCGAGGAAGGGAAACUCCUGGUCAAGGUUGAAAUGCUCCCUCACCCACUGCCACCAUAGGAACCUAUGUGGCUGGGUCCCAGCAGCCCCCAAUUCUGUUGUUUUUGGGAGGCCAGCAGAGUCUACAUGAGCAAGAAUAAGGUGACUCCUAGACUCUCCCAUUCCCAAACCAAAGAGCCUGUACCCUGUGUCUGGGGGUUGUCCUCAAGCCUCUCAAGUCCCUGGUUUCCCCCUCCUCCUUAAUUCUCAAUUGUCCAGGGUUAACUCAGUGCUUCCAUUGGGGACAGCCUCCUGUGGGUGACUGUUUCACCUCGAUCCUGAAUCUAGAGAAUGUUGGGGUAGGUCAGGGCGGGGAGAGUCAGGAGGAGUCCUAGCUCCUGGCAGAGAAGGUGAGGGUGGGUGGUUAAAAUUUUGCUUUGUACCUGGGUUUGCUGGCCCACAGUACUGGGGGCAGCAUCCAGUGGAUGACAAGCUCCCUGUCCCUAGUGGCAUGAGACUAAUUGCCUGUACUUGGAUCAUGAGGCUUGGGGUUUGGGGGGGUGGGGAGAAGGGGGCAUUCCAGGUAUCUGUCUUGUGUCUUUAGCAGCAGGCAGUGUCAUUUUCUCUCACACGACUUUUUAUGGCACCAACUAGCUCGGGAAAUUGUGGCCUAGGCUGGGGAUCCCUCUGGGCAGUCAUGUGGCUCUGGACUGCUCUGGACUAGCUUCCUAGAGAGAACCGCUGCAGGCUUUGAGAGGCUGCACUGCAGGCUUUGAGAGGCUGCACUGCAGGCUUUGAGAGGCUGCACUGGCUUCACCCAGUCUGAAGCUAUGGGGUGGACAGUACCUCCUACACACACUGACCCACAAGGCCAGCGCUAGAGUGAGGAGUGGUGGCCACCUGCUAUCUUUCCCUUGGCCCUGCCAUUUGAAUGUAGAGGUUGGGUAGUACUUUUCCCUCAUUUUGGGCUGGGGUAAAGAUGUACCUCAACUGCUGGUGUGGACACUCGAAAUGCCACAGUUGCCCAUUUGGGCUGUGUGGUUAUCAUCUGGUAAGAUGGUGAUCUCAUUGCCAAGUUCCUCCCACCUCCUGCCCACUGGGGAAGGAGCUCAGUGUCAGUGAGGUGGUAUAGGUUUUUGCUUUAAGUGGUGAGCCACACCUGGCUGCCAGGUCUCAGCACAAGACCGCUUCCUUUGCACAGAAUGAGCUUCGAGCUUUGUUCAGACUACAUGAAUGUAUUGGGAGGGGUGAGGAGGGUCCAAGCCUUCCCCUGGGAUGUGUGCUGGGGAGAGGCAGCAGGUCAGAAUGUGGUUUUAUUUUUGUACUGAUGGGUAAGAGACUGUAGAGCAUCUAUUUAUUUAGAUGAUUUAUCUGGUAGACUAGGCAAAAAUUAUUGAAAAUACAUUAAAAUUAUUUUUAAAAUUC